GGCCAUGACAAGGAGUCUCUUUGGCGCGCCGCUGAUGCGGCCGCUGCUGAAAUGGGGCUCCGGUCUGCCACCGGCCGCGCGGCCGCGGGGCUCGGCGACGCCUGGGCUGGCGAGCCGGUCUGGGCCGAUCGCAGCGGCGCCUUCGGCGCCGGCCCCGAGGACAUCGAUCCAGGCGACCUCAUCGACCCUGACGCCGACGCGGUGGGAUCCACGGACCUUCCUGCCGGCCCACAAGGUCACGAGGGUUCGCUGGCGUCGGUGUCUCAACCAAUGUUGGGGGCUCGGCAAGCGGCUGGUCUUCGACGAGGGCAUGCCGGGGGAUGUCUCGCGAGCGCCUGGGCCUUCUUGCGCGAGCUUCACGCCGAGCCUCCAGUCAAGACGCUCUGGACGUUCAACGCCGUGGAGUUCAACGCGACGAUCACGGGGCGCGCCGAGCAGCUCGAGAUGGAGGCCCAGGCGCGCCUCCGCCGCGCCGGCCUGGUCAGUGCUCGGAGCUGGCGCCGAUCCGCGCGGCACCUCGCCGAGACGGCGAAGGUGCCGCCCAGCAUUCGCGCAUUCGCGUGGGAAUGUGCGCUUGUGCCUGGGCGAGAUCCUCAGCCGCGAGCCCAGUGCCUGGCCGCGCCCGCCGCUGCCGGGCACGCUCUGGCGAGGCCAGACGCGAGCGACACCUUCGAAGGAUCCCGCCACCUGAAUCGCGCAGCUCUUCAUAG